AUGUCAGGAUUGCGUAAGGAAUUCAACUAUACUGAUAAAGAAAUUUUGUCAAUGAUGAUGGAAUUAAAGGUUACACAUACUAUUAAUUUGGUAGAACUUAGAAGAGCAUUUUUUAAGCAAAUAAAAGCUCAUCAUUCGGAUAAAGGUGGCGCUGUUCAAAAAGCACAGAUUAUAACUCAAGCCUAUCGUGUUUUAAAGCAAUAUGUGGAGGCCGGAAUAAUGCUGCCUAAAGCUACUCAAAAUGGCUUUCAUCAGCCUUCAACAUCUGCUGAUUUUGGGGGAAGGAGUGGCUGCAGACCAAAUCAAUCAGCUCCUCGAGCCGCCCCAGAUGGAUUUGAAGAUUUUGGGGAUUUUCAGGACGUAAAAUCUAAGCGAAGGAAAAAAUUUGGAGGAAUGAGUAAUGGCAAAAAUAACCAACAACAGGAAAGUGAUGAUGCUAGGGAUGAGCCUUCAACUGGAGGGAAACCUAAAAAUAUUAAUAUUAAAGCACAAAAAUUUGUUAAUGGCUAUACUUAUUUAAAAGAAGAUUUUUCUACUUAUGAUGACCCAAUGGAAAGGCCAGAUCGACAAAAGGAUGGAGUUAGAAAAAUUCGUGGUGGUUUACUUCUCUAUAAGGACUUUAAUCGUGCACUUGUACUUCCAACAGAAUAUCAAGAAUUGGGAAGUACAUUUUCCGAAAAUGAUUUGGUAGAUGACCCUUCAUUUGCACCAAUUUUGGAAAAAUUACAACAAAUUGCUUGUGAUUUGCCUUCUUUAGCCGAAAAAUUGAGAAUAUUUAUUUAUAUUGCUUGGGCAUUUGAUGGAGGUGCUAUGCAAGAUGCUAAAAUUAUGUUACAAAAAGUUAAAAUCGCACCUUAUGGUACUGAUGAUGAUUCUCUUUAUGAGAUAAAAAUACCACGCCGAACAUUUGAUGACGAUGUUUUAACUACAGGCCUUCACGUUUCAGUACGUUCUGUCUCUGAUGGAAAAUUAUAUGCUAAUGCAGUUAUAGAACAAGUCAAUCCUUCAAGUCAAAGCAUUGUUCUAUUUUUUGUCGAUCCUUUACGGCUUUCUCGAAUUUUGGCGUUGAGCAAUAAUGUAAAUGUGUCAAUUAAUAGUUCUGCUUUUGUUUAUCGCUCACAACUUCGUUCAUUAGAAUGGAUAUUGGCAAAUUGUGGAAGUAGAAGAAAUAUGGAUCAAAUAAUUUAUCCUAAGCCUGAAUUUACUGAGACCCUUGAAGAGUUUCGAACGCGCAGAGCUGUUGAAUUGUUGUCAAUGCCAUUUCGAGAAGAAGCUGAUCAUAGCUAUAAUGAAGAACAAAAAAACGCCAUCUUCUCAAUUGUCAAUAAAGAACACCAUCCAUGGCCGUUUGUUUUAUUUGGACCUCCAGGAACUGGAAAAACAAUUACUUUAAUUGAAUCAAUUAGACAUUUAGUCCUUCAAUCAUCCCAAAAUCGUAUUUUGGUUUGUACUCCAAGUAAAAUGGCUGCUGAUAAUUUUGCUGAAGCUCUUUUACAACAUGACUUUUUGGAACACAAAUAUAUUUUUAGAAUGCACUCUUUAUGUUUGUUUUUUUUUUGUAUUUUUUAA